CAUGAACUACGACUAUGUCCUAAGGAUUAGGUCGGCGAGGUUGAACAUGUGCGAUUUUAUUUGUAAAUAAAUGGGAAUAUUCAUUGUUAUUUUGAAAAUAAUUAAAAAUGCAGCAAGCGCAUCGUCCUGGUCAACUAAAGCAGAGUAAUAAAGCUCACAAGUCUCGCCAUCGUUCUAAGCGCGGAAUUGCUGCGGCUGUGAAAGGCAAGGUUAAUGUGAAGGAGUUUGUCCGUCGUAAUCGUCAUGUGCUUAAGAAAGAUGAGCGUCGGCACCAAGCGCUACAGCUUCGUAAAAAUAAGCGGGAGGAAGUUUUGGCUAAGAAGCGCGCCCUCGGAGGCAGCCGUUAUCCGCCGUUUUUGGUGUGCGUUGUUCCUUUGAAUGCUCAGUUGGAUGUGCAGUCAGCUUUAGUUAUUCUGAAGACUUGUUCUGAAGGUGCUGUAGUGACACAGUCAGAGAAUGGCAUUCUUCAUAUUGGUUUACCAAACUUCAAACAGCGCUUCUCAUUCAUAUGCCCUGAAAUUGACAAUGAAUUUGCUUUACUGGAUGCCCUCAAAAUUGCCGACACAGUCCUCUACGUCAGUUCAGCCCUGGAUGAACCUGUUGAUGAAUGGGGAGAGAAGGUUCUAGCCCUUUCGAUGGCUCAGGGCAUGCCAACCCCAGUUGUGGUAGCCAUGGAUAUUGAAGGAGUUCAUCCUAAAAAGAGAACAUCUGAAAAACAAAAUGUCCAAAAGCUCAUAUCCAAAUGGUUGCCAGAAGAGAAGGUAUUGCAAUUGGAUAAAAGUUCUGAUGGUUUGAAUGUUUUACGUAGAAUUGGUAACCAGAAACGUAACAUCCUUCACCAUAGAGAAAAGAGGCCAUACCUUUUAGCUGAAGAGGUUCAAUAUAUCCCUGAUACUGAGGGGGAAAGUGGGACCUUAAAAAUUAGUGGUUACUUACGGGGAAUGCCAUUAAAUGUUAAUGGAUUGAUUCAUAUAACUGGGUUAGGAGAUUUCCAAAUGUCAAGAAUUGAUGGUCUUGAAGAUCCUCAUCCAUUGAGCUCAGGUAAAGAGAAUGUUAAGUCCGGGGUUGAUGCCAUGGAUGCUGAAAAUGUGAAGGUGUCUGUGCUGCAAGUAGCAGAUCCUGCUAAGCAAGAAACUUUGGCAUCUGAAAAUAUUCCUGACCCGAUGGAUGCUGAACAAACUUGGCCUACUGAGGAAGAAAUAGAACAGGCAAACUUAGAGACUAAGAAAAAGAAGAUCAAAGUGAAAGUGCCUAAAGGUUGGUCAGACUACCAGGCCGCAUGGAUUGUAGAAUCUGACGCCGAAGGAGAAGGCUCUGACGGCAGUGACAAUGAUGAGGAAGAAAACGAAGACUUCAUGUCCUGUGAGGAAGAUAACUCAGAUGCCGAAGGCGGUGAAGAAGAUAAUGACUUUGAAUCGGUGACAGAGUCAGAAGUGGGGAUCAGUGAUGAGAGAUACGAUGCGACGAUCGACGCCCAGGAAGAGCAGGAGAUGCUGCAAAAGCUAGCUGCCGCAAAGGAGGACCAGCAGUUUCCUGAUGAGGUGGACACCCCUCGAGACAUGUCAGCGAGGGAACGCUUCACGCGGUUCCGGGGACUGGAGUCGUUCAGGACCUCGCCCUGGGACCCCAAGGAGAACCUGCCCGCUGACUACGCCCGCAUCUUCCAGUUCGAGAACUAUGAGAGGACUCGCAGGAGGAUAUUCAAAGAGAAUGAUGAGAGUCUUGUUAAUAUGUACGGUUUCUACGUAACAAUACACGUGAAAGACGUCCGUCAGGACCUCUGGAACGCCUUCCACACCUCAAACUCUACCUCACCACUGGCAGUAUUUGGGCUCCUGCCACACGAACACAAGAUGUCACUCAUGAACGUAGUUCUGAAGAGGACCGGAGUGAGUGAGGAACCGAUCAAGAGUAAGGAGAGGCUGAUAUUCCAAGUUGGGUAUCGGAGGUUUAUUGUCAACCCGAUAUUCAGUCAGCAUACAAAUGGGAGUAAACAUAAGUACGAGAGGUUCUUCCAGCCGGGUUCGACGUGCGUCGCUUCGUUCUUUGCUCCGAUCCAGUUCAGUCCUUCAUCAGUCCUCUGUUUUAAGGAGAAAAGAAACACAAAACUGCAGUUGUUGGCCUCAGGAGUACUGUUGUCGUGCAACCCGGACAGGCUCAUUGUGAAGAGAAUCGUUCUCUCCGGACACCCUUACAAGGUACACAAGAGGUCUGCUGUGAUACGUUUCAUGUUCUUUAACAGAGAAGACGUUGCAUAUUUCAAGCCGUGCAAACUCAGGACGAAAUAUGGACGCACCGGACACAUAAAGGAACCAUUGGGUACUCACGGCCAUAUGAAAUGCGUGUUCGACACGCAGCUGAGAUCCCAAGACACUGUGCUUCUCAAUCUGUACAAGCGAAUGUUCCCAAAGUGGACGUACGAGAACUGUAUCGUGACAGACAGAGACAACAAGAGCGCGGAUGUGAUGGAGUCGUAGGAAUAAACUUUAUAAAUCAGA